GUGUAGAUACAGAACAGGUGCGUAGGUUACAGGAGGUCGAGUCACGUAGAUAGAUUUCUAGGAAUUUCUAGAGAAUUGGUUGAAAUCAUUUUGUGGAUUACCAUGCGCAGAGGARCUAAUUCAUUGAGAUGUACGUGAGUUACCUGAUGGAUAAAAACACCGGAAUGUACUCAAAUUCCGUGGGACACCCGACUCAACCUCUGAACAGUCAGAACUUCAUGCAGUAUACGGAUUUCACCGGUUAUCAUCACGUCACAGGCGUCAGUGACCCGCAUGCCCAGACGACAGGUGUGUGGAACCCUGCUUACUUAGCAGGUCCGCGGGAGCAGUGGUCACCGUAUGGCCAGAGCGCGGACUUCCACGGUUUGAGCCCAGGUACAGAACAGAUCAAUUUCAGUUCCCCGGAUCUGACAUCCAUCCUGCCUACGGGGCCGGGAACUCUUCCUUCACUCAACUCACCUGCCGGGCAGUACUCUCCAGACUCAGAGAGAAGAAACUCAUACGACUGGAUCAGACACAAUGUACAUUCAUCCAGUACAGGAGGGAAGACGCGGACCAAGGACAAGUACAGGGUGGUGUACACAGACGAGCAGCGCCUAGAGCUAGAGAAGGAGUUCCAGUACAGCCGGUACAUCACCAUCAGGAGGAAGACGGAGCUGGCACUGGGCCUCAGCCUCUCAGAGAGACAGGUAAAGAUCUGGUUCCAGAACAGGAGAGCCAAGGAGAGGAAAAUUACCAAGAAGAAGAUCCAGCAGUCCCAGCAGGCCUCUAAGACUACAACUACCCUGACCUUUACUCCAUCCUGCCUGGCUGACCCCAGCAACGGCUCCAUGGCAACCAGCUCCAGCUUGUUGUCAGAGAAAAUAUCAAUGACUAUCAAAGAGGAGUACUGAGGAUAACAAUAUUAAACUGCUGUUCCCAUGACAAUCACUACAGAAGAUGUAAUUGACCUCAGUGAUAUGAUGAAAACCCUAUUACAUGCGUCUUGCACACCUGUAGUAGAAUGCUACGGUCUGUGUUGUGAUAAGAAGAAAGAGAGAGAAGAACAGGUUACACUAUGCAAAUAUGUAUAAAAGACAUAAGUGCCUUAUUUGCAACUGCUUUUGUGUUUAUAUUUUSUUGACGCAAAUGAAUUUGUAACUAAAAAAAAUAACGUAAAUGUUUUGAUCUGAUCUCAUGUUUUUUUUUUUUUAUAUAUUUUUAUCUUCAAUAUUUUGCUUGAAAGGUUUGAUUCGUUUUGAGGCACUGUGAAGGGAAAUUCAAUUGAAGAGAUGUUGAGAUAMGAAGUAAGCAGGGGUAUUUCUCUUCACAUCCUGAUAGUUGAUCUACAGCUGGCCUCAGUUUCUCAAUCAUAUGAUUCAUCCAGACAAAUAAAUGUCUUGGAACGUCUUAUUGGUACAAACAUUUCUGUGUUGCGAACGACUUUACAAGUGUAUCGUUGACACYUAGGCUACAUAUAGAUGUUGUUUGUCCCGUUUUCUGCCAAAAUGGACACCUGAAAACAAGUUUGAAAACCUGCUGUAUACCCUGUACAGUAUGUGCCAAGUCAUCCAUGAUCACCAAGGAGAGAAACCACCCGUUUUAGCCGUUUACAGUCUCGCCACAAGUGAUGAGUUUGCUAUUUUAAUGCCAUAGUCAAAUGAAAAGUUUCAUGAUUGCGCUAUCAAACUGAUAAAAGCCUUAUCUAAGUCA